CAGACUUUUGAGUGUGCUUAUGCGCUGUGACAUGCAGGAGCACACCAUGAGCAAGAUACAGAUGUGCUCUUUCUCUCACUCGCCUUUCAGCAGACAAACCCGGUUGGCGUUAAUUAAGACGAAUGUGCGCCGCGCCUCCGCAGAUAACGACCGGAGCGAAAGGAUCUCUGCACACACUGGGAGAAGAAGACUGCGGGCCAAAGCGCUGACUGUACCCGCAUUGCAUCACGGACACGACACCCGGUACCCCGCUGUCUUCCUCCCACCUCAACAGGCGCAGAUGAGGAGACUGGAGCAUCUUAUCGCAUAGUUUUGAAGACUCAUGCAGCCCCGCUCCCAGCCAAAGCAAGCCAACAGAUGUGCGCCACUCCGGAGGCGCAAAGCUGGUGAUUUUUACGCGCCUUUCAUUAAUAAACUUUGGAUUUGAUUUAUUUAUGGAUUGCGCAUCAGUAACACGGCAGCCUCUGGGAUCUGCUGAUAUUUCUCCCUCAGUGGAGUUUUGUGUCAUCACCAGGGGUCACUAGCUGCCGGAUCGUCUGUAAGUGAGCGCUGCAACCUGUAGCUGUGCGCCCCUUUUUAUUUCAGUCAACAUUCCGCCGAGGCGCAAUGGAAGGACGCAGCUGACGCUUCUGAAUCCCCAAACUCGAGGAGACUGAAAAAAGAGCAAAAAGGCAGCCCAGAGGAAACACAGAUGUAUGGGCGGUACACCCAGGAGCUGGGUGUGUAUGCCAAGGAAGAGGCAGCCCGCCUGCGGGAUGGAGGGGUGCGGGACGGCGGUGGUCUGAGGAGGAACAAAAGCGUUCGAAGCCGCACUGUAGACCUGCUGGACUACGAGAAAGAUCCCUGUGCAAAGUGUCAGCUGUGUGCAUCUCGCUGCCAGAAGUUCCUGAUCUCACGGGUGGGAGAGGACUGGAUCUUCCUCAUUUUGCUGGGGCUGCUUAUGGCUCUGGUCAGCUGGGUCAUGGACUAUGCCAUCGCCUUCUGCCAAGAAGCACAGAAAUGGAUGUAUGGUGGCCUGGACAAUAACAUGCUUCUGCAGUACAUUGCCUGGGUCUCCUACCCUGUGGUGCUCAUCACUUUCUCUGCAGGAUUCACUCAGAUUCUGGCGCCUCAGGCUGUUGGUUCAGGUAUUCCUGAGAUGAAAACAAUACUAAGAGGAGUUGUUCUCAAGGAGUAUCUAACUUUUAAGACCUUUGUGGCUAAAGUCAUUGGUCUUACCUGUGCUCUGGGAAGCGGGAUGCCUCUGGGGAAAGAGGGGCCCUUCGUUCAUGUCGCCAGUCUGUGUGCUGCUCUCCUGAGCAAAUUCAUGGCUGCUGUUUUUGGUGGGAUAUACAUGCUGAAGGAAGAGCCCUUUGAGGGAAGCAAGAAUGAGCUGAGGAACACGGAGAUGCUGUCGGCUGCCUGUGCUGUAGGUGUUGGCUGCUGCUUUGCUGCUCCUAUUGGAGGUGUGCUGUUCAGUAUCGAAGUCACGUCAACGUUUUUUGCAGUCAGGAACUACUGGAGGGGCUUCUUUGCUGCCACCUUCAGUGCUUUCAUAUUCAGAGUGCUGGCUGUCUGGAACCAAGAAGAAGAGACCAUCACUGCUCUCUUUAAGACACGUUUCCGUCUGGAUUUCCCGUUUGACCUUCAGGAGCUGCCGGCGUUUGCCAUCCUCGGGAUUGCUUGUGGGUUUGGUGGGGCUCUGUUUGUCUACCUAAACCGACUGAUUGUGGAGUGCAUGAGGAAGCAGAAAACUAUUAACAAGUUCUUGUUGAGGAAUCCGUCUCUUCCUGUCAGGCGGCUGGUGUACCCCGCCCUCGUCACCCUGCUGGUGUCCACGCUCACAUUUCCUCCUGGCUUUGGGCAGUUCAUGGCUGGACAGUUGACGCAGCACGAGUCUCUGGUUGCUUUGUUCGACAACCACACCUGGUGUCGCCAGGGUGUAGCUGAGGAAUUUGACUACAUCAGCCACCAUCAUGCCUGGAAACACCCCCAGGUCAAUGUCUUCAUCACGCUCAUCCUCUUCAUUAUCAUGAAGUUUUGGAUGUCUGCUGUAGCCACUACCAUGCCUGUCCCAUGUGGAGCCUUCAUGCCUGUCUUUCUUAUUGGCGCAGCAUUUGGCAGAUUAGUUGGAGAAAUCAUGGCAGCUAUGUUUCCCGAUGGCAUCCACGCAGAUGGCAGUGUUUAUCCUAUAGUUCCUGGUGGUUAUGCUGUAGUUGGAGCCGCAGCGCUCUCUGGAGCGGUCACUCACACUGUAUCCACAGCGGUCAUUGUGUUUGAGCUGACCGGUCAGAUCUCCCAUAUCUUGCCAGUAAUGAUCGCUGUGAUCCUGGCCAACGCCGUGGCACAGGCGCUCCAACCAUCCCUGUACGACUCCAUCAUUCGCAUCAAGAAACUUCCAUAUCUGCCAGAGCUGGGGAUGGGACACCAUGAGAAGUAUAAUAUCCGUGUGGAGGAUAUCAUGGUCCGAGAUGUGCGCUUCAUCACUCUGAAUUCUACAUACAGAGACCUCCAAGAGAUGCUUUUGACCGGGCAUCUUAAAACACUUGCCCUGGUUGAAUGUAGAGACUCCAUGAUCUUGCUGGGCUCAAUAGAACGACUGCAGCUCCAGUCCCUCCUGUCUCUUCAGCUGAGCCGCCAGCGGAGGCUUGAGUACCUUCGUCAGCUGGCCCAGGACAACGGCGCUCAUGAUCCCCUGCCUAGUCUGACCUCUGACAGCACCCCCAGCUCCCCUUGCGCCCACGUUCACCUCAACACUCCCACCAACACCAGUGCUCGCCAAGUUGUCCGCUUCCUGGUGAGCACCCAGCAGAUCUCCACAGAGGAGUCUUCCUCCUUCAGCCCGGUGGUUUCUAAUGCUCAGCUUCCUCUGAAAUCUGCCUUGAAAACUGUGUCAGCCAUCAGUGAUGCAGAGACGCCAAAUAGCUCACAGACCCUCUCCUGUGCUGAUCCAGACAAGGAGCUGCUGGAGAGUCCGGACGGGCCGGCCUCUCCUGACAAAACAAAGCCCAAACGAGUGAGGAUCUCCAUGGCGGAGUCUGCUGAAGUGGAAGACUGCAUGACUCCCUCAGACAUAGCAGAGUGGGAGGAUCAGCAGCUCGAUCAGCUGGUGGAUUUCAAGAACUGCAAGAUUGAUCCCGCCCCCUUCCAGCUGGUGGAGCAAACAUCACUGCAUAAGACUCACACUAUCUUCUCUCUACUGGGCCUGGAUCAUGCCUACGUGACCAGCAUGGGACGGCUGGUUGGAGUGGUCUCUCUCAAAGAGCUGCGUAAGGCCAUCGAGGGCUCUGUAACAGUGACUGGAGUGAAAGUACGCCCUCCUCUGGCCAGUUUCCGUGACAGUGGGAACAGCACAAGUGUAUCUGAGGUAACAGAACUACACAAACUGUGCAUGCGUCACAGAGGGCUGUCCUUGCCACGGGAACCUAAGCCUCCAAACGCGGCGAAAAAGCUGGACCUUUCGUUCAACGACGUCCCCGUCAGCUUCUCAGACAAGACUAAUUUGGAGUUUGAAAAUAGCGAUAACCAGUUGUCAGACCUCGUGCUUCAGGAAAGCCCCUCAUUCACCGAGGACCAAUCAGAGUUUACUUUUGACUGUAGCCCAUCUCACACUGAGGAAUCAGAGCUAGGUUGUGACCACAACCCCACCGAACCAACACCAGAGCCGGACGAAGUGGAGCAAGAGCACAGGAGUCCAACUCUAAACAUGGACCAAGCAGAACCUGGGGGAGAGGGUAGCACUGUCCAGACCAAGGGCCAAUCAGAAUGCUAACCUAAUGCUUAUCUAUACUGUUGUCUCAUAAAUGUAUUUGUUUCUUAAAUUUGUAACAGCCCAGCCUAGACACUUGUGUUUUUAACCUAGUGAUGUGAGCAAAUGUCUGUUAAAAGGACAAAGUUGGUUUAAUUUUGUAUCUUUAUAACAGUCAACGGAUCACUUACAAAGUACCAAAUAUUUCAAUAUUUCCCAAAAUGUCCACAUCAAGGUUUGUUAACCCUUGGAAAACAUGGAACGUUCCAUGCAUAUGUGGAAGUAAAAUAAGCCUCCUUUCUCCUGGUUUGCAGCUGAAAAUGUUUGUAAAUGAGAAACAUGAAAUCAGAAGGUGUGAAGUCAGAAACUUUAAAGCACAAGGCUGCAGUAGAUUCUCUUCACAAAUCACACCUGAAAAACUAAGUUGAAUUUUGAUGACCAGGUCACAUUGGCACCUUGGCUUUAACAGGGAAGAACACUGCUCUUACUAAAAAUAUGUGUUAAGUGUCUAUUUAGGAAUAUUAGUAUUGUUGCAGGGUUGCAAUGCUGAGUUGGUAGAGAAUCUCAACAAGCACUAGUUAAUGGCUCUUCUGGCCCUUGAUGUUCAUCUAAGUUCCCUCUGAAGUAGCUGGAUACUUGUGACGUUCAUAAAUUCCUGAUCAUAAAAUAAUCCUCCAUAGUACAGUUGUGGGUAAACCUGUUAGCUGUUUGGGGGUUUCAUGUGUAAUCUUCGUUGAAGUAGUUGGCUUGGCUCAUGUGACUGGCCCUAUACCGAUUAGAGAGGUGGCUGCUAAAUGCAUCUGAGUGGUCCGUUGGAAAGUGUCAAAAUAGCAUCCAUGUGCAGUUCCUUGCACUAUUUUUACUACCUAAAUCUUUUCACAAUUUGUCAUGUCAUAACUACACACAUCAAUGUAUUUUAUUGGGAUUUUAGGAAAAAAGAAUUUAUGAAUGAAAAGUGUGACAUGUGUAGGCAUAUUGCCCCAUUUCGGUGCUAUGCAAUGUUAGUUUUCCAUCCAACAUAGAGUUUUGCAUGUAGAUCAGAAAGAUCAGUUUUGCUCUAAUUUGACCAGAGCCCCUUCUUCCAUAUGUUUGUGGUGUCCCUCUCAUGGCUGCAGGUCAAACUGCAAACAGGACAUUUGUUGGCCUUUUUUUCCCCGACGGCUGCUUUUUUCCUGAGAUCUUCACAGCACAUUUACACUAAAACUAAAUAAAUUAAUAAUUAGGUGGCUUCAGAGGCAGUUGGUUAAACAAGAUUUUAUUUAAGGGAAUCAGAGAAAGGUGGGGCUACAAAUACACACACACACACACAUUUUCAGAUUUUUGCAUCCUUUCCCUUUCAGUUCAAAACAAGUUACUUUAUAUUGGUCUACUACUUAACAUCCCAUUAAUAUUUAUUAAUGUUUGUAGCUGUAACAAGAAAAAUGUGAAAAGGGUCGAGGAAUAUUUUUGCAAGGCACUGUAACUAUCAACAGGAAGGUUUCUUAGCACUUCAGGGAAGAUGUCACAAGAUAAUCAGUUUUGCUUCAUUUGUUAAUGGUUAUAAUUUUGUCACCGAUCAGAGUGCAUACACCCUAUUUUAGUUCAGAGGUGUUUUGCAUCAAUACAUAAAUGAGAAAUACUUUUGGCCUUUUCCUGGUCUAAAAAAUGGUAUAUACAACAUCAGAUCAAAAACAGCUCAUAUCAUAUUACACAUUGUCAGUUUUUAUUCAAAAUACAGAACCAUUGUGUGAAUAAUAUCUACAUAAUUAUCCAGUAAGCACUAAAUUUAACACCAGUACUUCACAGUAAUUGUCUUUUCUGUGACCCUUACUUAUUACACUUUGCAGGCAUUAGUUCAUGCUCAGCUACCAGAGCAUUUUAUUCUAGUUGAGGUCUUGGAUUACUAAGUAGUAUUGUCCAAUUACUCCGUACACUGAGAUUUUGGUUAAUUUAUUGUUCAGCUUCCUGUUGUAGAUUUUCAAGGAUUAGUGUCCUGUGAGGUGAAGUUGGGCUCUUAGAUAACGUCAGAUUUGUUACUACACUUUAAUUUAAGAUCUGUGUCUGUGCGAUAUAAUUCUCUGCCCAGGGUGGCACUGCUUGGGGCGUGCCAGAAACACUCAAACAAAAAAUGUUAUGUCAGUUGCAUCCCAAACAAGCAUUCUUUUGCUUAAUUACAUGUCCAGGCAAUGGGAAGCUGCACCUCGUUGUGCUGUGCAAAGUAUAAGCACUGUACCAAAAUGUCCAUGUGUUUCUAAUAAUUUGCGUAAUGAACAGGGGAGUUGGGGUGGGGGUCUAGAAGAAGGGGCUCACCCAGGGCGGCAUUAAUGCAAGAAGUAUCAAUGAUAGCCAGGUGUCUAGGUUUUGUGCUAAACAAGCUCAAUCAUCCCUCCUCCAACACCGUGCUUGACUGUUGCAGUGAGGGGUUGGCAUGCUUGUUUGGUUUUACUAAAUAUGGUGCAUUGCAUUAUAACAAAACAUCUUGAAUAUGGUCUUAUUUAUCCAAAGGAAAUUGUUCCAGAAGUCUUGUAGUUUGUUUAGAUACAAGAGUGAAAAGAGGUUGUUUUAUGUUCAAUCAGUUUCUGUUUAUAUGUUUAUUUCUUUAUUUUACAAGAUUGAUUUGUCAUAAACUUUCCCCUUAUGUUUAGGAUUUUAUUUUCCAAGUUACUUUUAGCAUCAUGGUCUGGAUAUCCUUACUGAAGAAUAACUACUAACAAGACUAUAAACUGUCAUCCGAGAGCUUUCUCACUGUAGAAUAAUAAACUCUAACUUUGUUUUAAAAGGCUUUUUAACUUUUUCCAUAUUGGUGGAAAAGCUACAAUAAUUGCUUCUCUGAGACCACUGCUGAUGUCUUUCCCUCUUGGCAUUGUGUUAACAGAACCUCUGCUUUAAUCAGGUGGUCACCUUUACUGUUGUUCAGGUAAUCUGAAAGCUGUUCCUUCAUUAAUAUAAAGCAUUACAUUUGUUACUGGUUUUUCACACAGUGUUUCUGCACUUUAGCCCAGUUGAAAUUCAUUUAUGACACUCUAUAAUAUAUUAUGAGCCUAACUGAGAUUAUCACAUUUUCAGCCAUGUUAAAGACCAAGUGAUGCUUUGUCAUGUCCUGACACAAAAAGGCAUACAAAAACCAUUUUCAGGGAAUGUCAAUAAACUGAUAUUUGGUAAAUGUGCGCAUUUAGAUAAAACAAUCUAUCAGCACCA